AUGAUAGCUGAGCGGCCAGAUUGGAAGUUGUUGAUCUCUUUGUGGAUUUUGGCGAUGCUGGAGAACAUUGGAGCUGAAGACAUUCUGGAUCGUAAUGAACGACUCAUUCUUGGUCUUAUAUGGACAAUUAUUCUUCGUUUCCAGAUUGACACUAUUGUCAUUGAGGACGAGGAAGAACGAGGAGAGCGAAAGCAUGCUAAAGACGCCCUACUGUUGUGGUGUCAGCGUAAAACAGCUGGUUAUCCUAACGUAAGGGUGGAGAACUUCACGACAAGUUGGCGGAAUGGUCUGGCCUUCAACGCGCUCAUACAUGCACACAGGCCUGAAUUAGUCAACUUUAACGCGCUCAACCCCAAUGACCACAUUGGUAAUCUCAAUAACGCGUUCGAUAUCGCCGAGAAGAAGUUGGAGAUCGCGCGUCUGCUCGAUGCUGAAGAUGUGGACGCUGCUCGUCCAGAUGAGAAGUCCAUCAUCACUUACGUAUCCUUGUAUUACCAUCAUUUCGCAAAACAGAAGACGGAGUUGACUGGAGCAAGGCGGGUUGCAAACAUUGUUGGAAAACUAAUCACUAGUGACACAAUGGAAGAGGACUAUGAACAUAUUUCAUCAGAUCUAUUAAAAUGGAUCUAUGAGACCAUCAAACUUCUCGAAAAUAGACGAUUUCCGAAUUCUUUGCAUGGUAUGCGUGAAGAACUUGGAAAGUUCAAUCAAUUCCGUACAGUGGAGAAGCCUCCUAAGUACAAGGAGAAAGGAGAGCUGGAGGCACUUUUCUUCACAAUACAAACCAAAAGAAAGGCUAUGGGAAGGAAACAGUAUGCUCCACCCCAAGGGCUAUUCAUGUAUGAUGUAGAAUCAGCUUGGGAAAAACUGGACCGAGCUGAGAAUGACCGUCAAGUAGCAAUUAUUGCCGAGUUGCAGAGGCAAGAACGACUAGAGCAACUUGCGCAGCGUUUCCACAAGAAAGCUAAUCUACGAGAGAGCUGGCUGAGAAACGUGCAAGCGGUGCUUGAAGAGAUGGACCACGGCAGAACAGCUACGGAGGUGGAAAAAUCGCUGAAGAAGCAGCAGGCUAUCUGA